AUGGCUGUGCAGAGUCUCCUGCAGUACCUGGGCUCCUGCUCGCUGCUCUGUUUGGCAGCAGGGCUCUUUGCUCUCCUUUACUUUCUCUCCAGCUCCAAGAAGUCAGUUUGCAAUUUGCCCCCUGGGCCACGACCUCUUCCUGUGAUCGGGAACCUGAACGUGGUGGACCUGAAAAAGCCAUUCCAGUCGCUGACAGAGCUCUCCAAGAUCUAUGGCAGUGUCUUCACGGUGCAUUUUGGACCCAGGAAGGUCGUGGUACUGGCUGGAUACGAAACCAUCAAGGAUGCCCUUUUAAAUCAUGCUGAAGAGUUUGGAGAGAGGGCAGAAAUACCCAUAUUUAGAAAAAUGACACAAGGAAAUGGCAUAGCAUUCAGCCAUGGAGAGAUGUGGAAAACUAUGAGAAGAUUUACCUUGUCCACACUGAGAGACUUUGGAAUGGGAAAGAGAACCCUUGAGACCCGAAUCCUGGAGGAAGUAAAUUCCCUUAUCAAAUAUUUUGAAUCCUAUCAUGGGAAACCAUUUGAUACAAAAAUGAUACUCAACAAUGCUGUAUCCAAUGUCAUCUGCUCCAUAUUGUUUGGAGAGAGGUUUGAAUAUGAUGAUCCAGUAUUUCUAACUUUGCUGAAGCUGAUAAAUCAAAAUACUAAGCUGUUGGGCUCCCCUAUGGUGCAGUUAUAUAACUUCUACCCAUCCCUUGGAUUUCUGUCUGGAGCUUCCAAGACUGUGCUACAAAACAUCCUUGAAUUGAAUGCUUUUCUCCAGAAGCUCUUCCAGGAGCACAAAGAGGAGCUUAAUGAAAAUGACUUAACAGGCUUUGUCGAUGCCUUCCUGGUGAAGCAAAAACAGGAGUUAAGGAAACCACACACUGCAUUCAGCAAUGGAAACCUGAUGUUUUCAACCCUGGACCUCUUUGCUGCUGGGACUGAGACCACAUCCACAACUGUGCGCUGGGGGCUGCUGCUGAUGAUGAAAUACCCAGAAAUUCAGAGAAAGAUUCAGGAAGAAAUGAACCAUGUCAUUGAACCAGGAGAGCUGCCUAAGUUGGAGGACAGGAAAAAAAUGCCUUACACAGAAGCAGUAAUACACGAAAUACAAAGGUUUGCCAAUAUUGUCCCCAUGGGCGUAUCCCGAUCGACUCCCAGAAAUGUGAAUUUCCGAGGCUACGUGAUUCCUAAGGGUACUGAGAUUAUUCCACUGCUGACCUCUGCUCUGAAUGACGAGUUACACUGGAAAACCCCGCAUCAGUUCAACCCUUCCCAUUUCCUUGAUGCCAAUGGGAACUUCAUUAGGAGAGAAGCAUUUAUUCCAUUCUCCAUAGGGAGAAGGGCUUGCCUUGGUGAAGGACUGGCCAGGAUGGAGCUGUUCCUCUUCUUUUCGGGCUUGCUCCGCAGAUUUGUUUUCCAGCCUCCUCCAGGAGUGGAGAAGUCAGACCUGGAUCUCACUGCUGAUGUUGGCUUCACCUUGACUCCCAUGCCUCACCUGGUCUGUGCUGUGCCCUGUGAAUGA